AUGGCUCCCCUUCCAACCCGCUGCGAUGUCCUCGUCGCGGGGAGCGGUAAUGCUGGUUUUUCGGCUGCCGUGGCGGCCAAGCAGGCUGGGGCAAAGCAUGUUCUUCUCAUCGACAAGUGCCCUGAGGAAUGGGCAGGCGGGAAUUCAUAUUUCACGGCGGGUGCGUAUCGGACCGUUCACCAUGGCACGGCGGACUUGCUGCCCUUGGUCAAUAACGUGGACGAGGAGACGGCCAAGAGGAUCGAUCUGGAGCCGUACACGGUGGACAGCUUCGCCAACGACAUGAAAAGGAUAUGCAGUGGCCGGUCGGAUCCACAGCUCGCCCAGAUCCUCAUCGGGGACUCCAAUGCCACGGUCAAAUGGCUGAAGAGCAAUGGCAUCCGGUUCCAGCUGUCGUUCAACAGGCAAGCGUACGAAGUCGACGGACGCCUGAAGUUCUGGGGCGGGUUAUCCCUCAAGACGCAGGACGGCGGCAAGGGCUUGAUUGAAGACCACAAGGCCGCGGCUCGCAAGCAUGGUGUCGAGGUCCUCUACUCGACCGCGCUGAAACGGCUGAUAACCGACCCCAAGACAGGUGCUGUCACCUCAGUAGCCGUGCAGACCAACGGCGAGGAUGCCGUGAUUCAGACCGGCGCCGUCAUCCUGGCCGCUGGAGGCUUCGAGAGCAACCCGCGUCUGCGGUCUCAAUAUCUGGGUCCUGGCUGGGAUCUGGCCAAGGUCAGAGGCACCCCUCACAACACGGGAGAUUGCCUCGAGACGGCCAUCCGCGACGUCUCGGCGGGCCAGGCUGGAAACUGGUCUGGGUGUCACUCGGUGGCUUGGGAUGCUAAUGCGCCGAGCGACACGGGCGACCGUGAAGCGUCCAACGAGUUCACAAAGUCCGGCUAUCCGUUAGGUCUGAUGUUCAAUGUCCUGGGUGAGCGGUUCGUGGACGAGGGCGUCGACCUGCGUAAUUACACGUACGCCAAAUUCGGCCGGGCCAUCCUCGCCCAGCCGAGCCACAUCGCCUUCCAAAUCUGGGACUCGCGGACCACCCCGUGGCUGCGAUCCGAGGAAUAUCGGCCGGAGAGGGUCGAGCGCAUCACCGCGGACACGAUUGAGGAGCUGGCCGACAAGCUAGCGCCACUGGGACUGGAGAACCGCGAGGCCUUUGUGCGGAACUUGCACGAGUACAACGAGGCUGUCUACGCUUUCCAACAAGAACACCCGGACAAGAAGUGGGAUCCGGCCGUGCGCGACGGCAUGUCGACCCAAUCUAGCGCGAAGCGGCUCCCGCUGGGCAAAACUAACUGGGCCCUCCCCGUCGACAAGGCGCCGUUCUUGGCCGUGGCCGUGACGUGCGGCAUCACCUUUACGUUUGGCGGCUUGAAGGUCAUCCCCGACACGGCGCAGGUGGUCAGUUCCACCACAGGCAAGGGUGUCCCCGGGCUGUACGCCGUCGGCGAGAUGAUGGGCGGCUUGUUCUACGAGAAUUACCCCGGCGGCAGUGGGUUGACGUCUGGGGCGGUCUUUGGGCGGAGAGCAGGUGCGGCGGCAGCGAAAGCCGUGGGUGGGAGCUGA